AUGAGUGACUAUCACCAAACCGGCUUUCCCUAUGCACCAAACAUCCUGCCAGAUGAGCCGACGACUAAUGAGCAGAUCGAAUCAACGUACCGGUUUGCAUCCAGUAUCGUGCCAUCUGGACUAUCACCACAUACUUCGGAGCUAUUGGCUGGUCGCCGGGAUUCUUCAGAGUUUGCUUCUGACCUCGGCCAGGGCUCCCGAAAUCCAAAAGUCCCUAUUCCACGAGCGACACGCCCUGUCGCUUAUUCUACCGGUGGCCGCGUGAGCCGUGCAUGCGAGGCUUGCCGUGACCAGAAAGCCAAAUGCAGUGGCCAUCGACCAUCAUGCCACAGAUGCCAGGAGUCGGGCAUGACUUGUUCAUAUGGGGACCGGAAGCGUGAGAAAAUGCUCAAGCAACUGGAUGAGCUGACCGCCCAACUCAACGUGUACGAGACCUUAGUGCGAGAAUUAUAUCCAAGACUUGAGCCAGUCUUGGUUCAACACGUGGAUCACGCUAUCGGGCGUCAAUCGGGAAUGAGCCGCCCAAAACCUUUUUCCGAAGGCGAAACAUCAAACUUUGCAACCAGCAUUACAAACUGUACAGAAGAGGAUUUCAACCGCGACGAGAAAGUUCGCGCAACUGAUUUGUUGCGACAUCUCGACAAUGGAAAAUCAAUACCUGGCGCUGGCGAUGACGCGGACCAAGAGACUGUCUCAAUUUCAUCCUUGAGCUACUUCGAGGAUGGCAUUGAAAUUCUCAGUCUUGACCGGGCAGAGCUCUCUAAGCGACCGCCUUCACACAUUGCUGACCACUUCGUGGAUCUCUACUUCCGACACAGUGCAUCCGACAUUUCCAAUCAUCGGCAAGGGGUCUUUUUGACGCAAUAUCAAUCCUUCUAUAGUGACGCAAAUGUGCGACCCGGGAAGCGAUGGAUCGCAGUGCUGAAUCUUGUAUUUGCCAUCGCUGCGGCAUAUGCGCCACUUGUCGAUGAUGGCUUCAAAGUUGACGGUGACAACCAUCUCUCCCUUCAGCAAGUGCAAGUUGAAGGUUUGAUCGCUUUCUAUCUCUUCUGCACUGGCCAAGUGAACCGACCAGAUAUAGAGUGUGGUGGGCGCUCUCUACGCUUGACGCAGGGCUUUGCGUGCGAGUGGGUCGCCCACCCCAUACGGACUGCUUUCUGUACAACACCAUUGCCGAUCCCAUUCAUCGAGGAGGAUUUCGAUGUGACGAGCAUCAUUGAGAUUGUAGAUGACAUGACCGUCCGGACCGCGUUGGUGACCUCUCUUCUGAGCCCAGGCAGCGACGAGACUCCCAACAGUGGGACAGAAGAAAGCUCACCAAACCCGCAUGUUCCCGCAAGAGAUUAUUCUAGAAAAGGAAAGAAAGCCGAGAAAGUGAUGGCAGAUUUGAUAGGGACUAUCACGCCCAACACUUCCUUGGCUUUUCUGUACGGACUGGACCUCGAUCGUCUCACGAGGGACGCUAUUGAAGUUGUGAUAUCCAACCUCAACGCGAAUGCUGACGCCUGGUUAUCUCGCCUGCCAGCAGAAUUCCAGAUCUCGAAGCUAAGCGGGAUUGAUAGCGACCCAUUUGUACGCCAACGCGCGGACAUUGGGUUCCGCUUCUACAAUACCAAGAUCGUCAUCACUCAGCCCUGUUUAAGCCAGCUGGCUUAUCAACCCUCAAGCGCUCAUGCCCGGGCAGGUGGCACCUUUUGUGAUACGAUGGCAGCCGUCUGUGUACGGAUGGCAUGUGAAAUGUGGGACAUGCUCCCUGACGAACCAAGUACGACCUGGCUUUUUGAGGUCUCCCCGUGGUGGUGUGUUCUUCACUAUUUCAUGCAAUCCGUGACCGUCAUCCUCACGCAGCUCUUUUAUCGCACGCAACCACAAACACUGGAGGCAGCUUAUCUGGUCAAUUACGUUGAAAAAGCUCUCAGGUGGCUUCAUGCCAUGUCUGACAAAGAUCCCCGUUCCAAGAAAGCAUUGCUUGUUUGCAUGGGAAUCUUGUCACGACAUGGCAAAGAAUUCUUCCCCAAGACCUGA